AUGGAGAAUGUCACAUCUGCCUCUACAGACAAGACACAAUUCCGCGGAUUGACAACAGAGGAGAUUUCAAAAUUUUCGGCAAGUUUUUCUUACGGAGCAUCAGUCAGAGUUCAUACUGAUUACCCCAGAGUAUUCUUCAUUACGGCGAGCGGUCUUCCUGACCAUGAGACACAGAGAGUCAACCCAAACACUCCCACAGCUCAGAACUACAACAUUACGAUUCUGAAAAAUCCCCAAAUUGUACCAGUGCCGGGAUGUGUUGGUCUGGGAAUGAUUGGGAUUACACGAACUGGUGUGGCCAUCUACAACCCUUUGGCAGGGGAGUUAACAAACGCUGUGGAGGGAUCAAAUCCCGAAACUUUUGAUGAAUGUGAUGGACAUGCAAGUCCAAAUGGCGCUUAUCAUUAUCAUAAAAUACCAGACAGUUGUUUGUACAAAGGAGAAAUUGAUGAAUUCAUUGGAGUGGCUUUGGAUGGUUUUCCUAUCUAUGGACCAAGGGUUGGACUGUCAAAGAACAUUUCUGAAGCUGAAUUGGACAAGUGUCAUGGGAAAUUUGUCAAUGGAAGUUACAGAUAUUAUGUUACAGAGAAAUUUCCAUAUUAUCUCGGUUGUUUCACAGGACUUGUUGUUAAUCAAGGAACUAUUACUUCUUACAACUGUACUACAGACACAUCACACUGGAAUAUGGAAAAAUAUGGUUACGAUUACUAUCUUUGUCACUGUGUGAACUCUGGUCCAGGUGGAGGAGGUGGAGGACGUCGCCCGGAAUGUGCCCCAGAUAAUCCAAAUAGACCUCUAGACUGCCCGGAAUGUCCUCCCGAGGGAUGCAGAUCAACAACAAUGGAAACGGCUACUCGUCCCCCAAUGGAGAAUGUCACCACUUCUAACUCAAAAGUGCAUGGACUGACGAGUGAAGAGAUCUCAAAAUUCACGGCGAGUUCAAAUUAUGGAGCAUCCGUCAGAGUUCACAUCGAUGACCCGAGAGUAUUUCACAUUUCGGCGAGCGGUCUUCCGGACCAUGAGACACAGAGAGUCAACCCAAACACUCCCACAGCUCAGAACUACAACAUUACGAUUUUAAAAAAUCCCCAAAUUGUACCAGUGCCGGGAUGUGUGGGUCUUGGAAUGAUUGGGAUUACACGAACUGGCGUGGCCAUCUACAACCCUUUGGCAGGGGAGUUAACAAACGCUGUGGAGGGAUCAAAUCCCGAAACUUUUGAUGAAUGUGAUGGACAUGCAAGUCCAAAUGGCGCUUAUCAUUAUCAUAAAAUACCAGACAGUUGUUUGUACAAAGGAGAAAUUGAUGAAUUCAUUGGAGUGGCUUUGGAUGGUUUUCCUAUCUAUGGACCAAGGGUUGGACUGUCAAAGAACAUUUCUGAAGCUGAAUUGGACAAGUGUCAUGGGAAAUUUGUCAAUGGAAGUUACAGAUAUUAUGUUACAGAGAAAUUUCCAUAUUAUCUCGGUUGUUUCAAAGGACUUGUUGUUAAUCAAGGAACUAUUACUUCUUACAACUGUACUACAGACACAUCACGUAAGUAUGUUUUGUAG